GGCCGAGUUUAAAGCUGCAUGUCCGGAACUCAUGGCAUCAUGUUACCUGCGUUCGUCGUCGAGUGGGCAAACCCGUUUCCCUCGUCUCCAGCGAGGAAAACUAUCCCCUACCUCACAUCAAGAACUACGGAAACCCAGGAAAUCAGUCAUGGAGUGCGAUGUAUGUCAGCACAGUCCUUCAAGGCAUCAGAGCUUCAAAUUGAGUUUUGUACACCAGACCAGCUAAAGCAAAAGCCACCUGUUUCUGAAUUAGUGUUUGGACGUAAUUUUACAGAUCAUAUGCUAGAAAUUUAUUGGAAUGCGUCUAGUGGAUGGGGUCAGCCAAGAAUAACACCUUUCCAUGAUCUUAGAAUGCACCCAGCGGCCAAAGUAUUGCACUACUCUGUUGAGUUAUUCGAAGGCAUGAAGGCUUUCAGAGGCAAUGAUGAUGAAAUUAGACUAUUUCGACCAGAAAAAAAUAUGGAACGUAUGAACAGAACUGCAGCCAGGUCAUCUCUACCCACUUUCGAUGGGGCAGAGUUGAUUGAGCUUCUCAAGAAAAUAGUCAGCAUAGAUCAGGAGUGGGUCCCUCAUGCAGAAUCAUCUAGUCUUUAUUUACGUCCUACCAUGAUUGGAACAGAACCUACGUUAGGUGUCCAAGAGCCAACGGAGGCCCUUCUUUUUGUUAUCAUGUCUCCAGUUGGUCCAUAUUUUUCUAGUGGAUUUAAACCUGUGUCCUUGCUAGCUGAUCCUAAGUUUGUCAGGGCAUGGCCAGGUGGAUGCGGUAUGAUGAAGAUGGGAUCAAAUUAUGGACCAACACUUGCUAUUCAGAAAACUGCAGAAAGGCAAGGGCUUCAGCAAGUUCUAUGGUUAUUUGGACCAGAGCAUAGAAUUACUGAAGUUGGUGCUAUGAAUCUCAUGGUGUUCUUUGACAAGGGAAAUGGAGAGAAGGAGCUAGCAACACCUCCACUUGAUGGUUUGAUAUUACCAGGUGUAACCAGGGAUUCCUUGUUAUCAUUAGCACGGGAGUGGAAUGAAUUCACAGUUUCAGAGAGGGAUAUUACGAUGGCAGAAAUAGUUCAAGCUGAAAGUGAAGGCAAACUGCUUGAAGUCUUUGGAGCGGGAACUGCAGCAGUAGUUACGCCUGUUGGUGCAAUACAUUAUGGUGAUAAGAUUAUCAAAAUUCCAACAAUGGAACAUGAAAAGCCACUGACCCAAAGAUUCUUUGAUUCAAUUAAAGAUAUUCAGUAUGGUAGAGUAAAACACCCGUGGAGCGUACCUAUUGAAUAGUAAAUUUGUGAUUGUCUUUUGUAGGUUGUAUACAAUUAUGUACAUUUUAGGAAAAGCUAUUUUGGUAAAUAGUCCAAUUCUCAAUGUAUUUUUGAGUUAUUUAUUGUACAGUAUUUAUAUACUGCACUUAGUGCAGUCUGCCAAGUUGUGAAUGCAAGGGGAUGUGAAGUAAAGAGAAAUAAGUUCACUGAUAAGAGCCACUUUCCAGUAAGGUUACACAUUAGUUAUAUUCCCCAUAGAUUAGGAACCACUGUUAAUCAGGUACAUUUAGUUGAGGAAUAGGCUCUUUCAUUAACUAUUACCUUGCUGAAGGUAUAGAUUGAACUGAUUGAUCAGCUUGUGUUACGUAUUAAUUUUGUGAUAUGUAGCUUUAGGAGUACAUAUUUUCAUAGGUUAUAUCUUUUUUAGAUGGAUUUUUUUUAGUUUUUUAGUAGCUAUUUUUCCAAGAAUCUAUUUUUAUUUAACUGAGUUGAUUUUGUUAUGAUAUUGUGAUGUAGAUUAUAGAUUCUUCUAGAUUCAUUUCACUGAUAAAUUUACUCGACCAGAAAUAAAAAUAUUUUACA